AUGCGGCCUCCAGCACAUCGAAUAAAGCUACCACAGGGCUCGUUGCAGCCCCCAAAGACUCGCCCGUCGCACCACCCAAGUCCGCGCCAAUUUUCGUAUAGACACCCCCGCCAAUUCCUCGUCGCGCAACCAGGCUCCCCGCGGCCACAGCUACCCUUUCUGUACCCCUCCGGCCAACCUCUCUCCAAUGGCCAACUACAACGUCUGUUUUCCAUCAGCGCGAACCACAAGAAAUUCAUAAAGGAGACGGCAAAACUGAGCGUGCGCUAUAGCAUACUCAUCUUUUUGCUUACGUCGUGCUUCAGUAUCGCAAGUUUGGGCAUCCUCAGCGAACAGCAAGAGCGCGCAUUCCCCUCGCCACAUGAGUGGAGUCUGAUCACAAGGUUCCGCUUUCGGAGGGGCAAAUGGUGGCAGGUCCCUGAGAACAAUGAGGAGGAGGGGUUUCCCAACUGGGCCCGAGUCUACUCCGAGCUGGAAUAUGCGCUGAAGAGGCUAGAGAAUCCCAAUCAAGAUGGAGCAGGUCUCAAGGAGCAAGAAGAAGGUGGCAUACUGGUGCCCGGACUAGGCAAGGCAGGCUUUGAUAUAUCGGCGAAGAGCGAGGAAUGGCGGCAAGGAUACUAUGAAGUGCUCAUGGGUAUGGCGACCGCCGCAGAACGACUAGACGGGUGGGUGACGGACAGAUGGAGGCGAAACGUGUGGGCACCAGAAUUCAUCCAGUCCCCUACGAACAAACGACCAAAGACUGUACUACCCGGCAUGCCGGAACCACCAGAUGCGGACCACCGUGUGCCUGCUGCUGAGGCACCGGAGACGUUCUACCUCAAGAUCAUAACCUCCAAGGGUUUCACCACUUACCAAAGACUUUCAGCUGCGUUGGGCUAUGCCGACUGGCUUAGUUUCAGGACACUACCUGACUCAGCUGAAGAGAUGUACCGGUGGGCACUAGACAUUGCUAUCGCAGGUCUACCAACGCCCGAGCCCUCAGCCGUCGUCGAUCGAGAGACUGGCAUUUUAUCCGCUACAGCGCCAAAAGAGGCGGUGACACCAAACAUCAUCUAUGCCGCCACCAACUUGGCGACCUUUUUGGCAGAGCAAAGGCGAAUCACAUCCGCACUUCCAAUCUUCAUCUCCCUGCUUCGCGCACGUCUCGGUGCAGAUGAAGCUUAUAUUCCUACGGUCGUUACUCAAAAGGACUCCAGUCUAAUUGGCACCUUGAUCAGUCUCCUCAAAGAGCCAGACUACCCUCCUGUCCCGCCUUCUGGCGAUGAACCUCUUCUGCGCAAGGAGACUGACCGCUGCGAGGAAGCUGCAUUGAAGAACUAUAUUGGCGAAAUCCUCUUUGCGACAGCUGGUUCAUCUUCGACUCAACGCCAACAAGGCCUCUCAUGGGUGCGCGACGCCGUGUCGACAUCUAAACUUGCCCAAUCUCUCGACUCCAUUCGUGCCAAGGAAGACAUCCGCAAAAAGUGUGAACAGUGCGAGGAGGUAGGUCUAGAGUCUUGGGGAAAGAUUAUGACUUAUCUAGCGGCGGAAGCCAAAGAGAAGCAAUCUCAAGCCAAGAGUGGAGGUCUAACAGGCUUGGUGUGGAAGAUCAGAGGAACAAAGGGGCUGGAUGAGGAUGUGGAGAAUCUGGAGGGCGAAGAAGAAGGUGUCACACUCAGGCUGAACAAGCUGAGAAGCAAGAUGUUGAAAGACGAGUACGAGGACAUGGACCGCAAGUAUGCGCGAACAUUUGUAUUCUAG